AUGACGGAUAACAUGGACAUCGAUUCGCCUCCAGAACCUCCUACCCCUAUCGAGCCUCGUGAUCGACUUCUUUUGAGGCUUACUCAGUUUGGAGUUCCCAACAAGUACCGUGCUAUGUUGCAUUCUGGUCUGGUUGAUUAUAUGAUGGAUAAUUGGUCCUGCAUACCGGAGCUAGUAGCUGCAAUCUUACCUACUGAUGAAGAAGUGGCAGAGAUCCUCCAAGAUGCUAAGCUAGGUUCUAAAAAGUCGGCGGGCCAGAAAAUGAAAUAUUGUUUGAGGGAAUGCAUGGUUUGGUUACAGUGGCUGAUGUUUUUGGGUGAACCAGCUGUUGCACUGAAGGACCUAUCUAAGAUGAGUGGUGGACGGGGUGUUUGUGGAGCUGUUUGGGGAAGUAAUGAUAUUGCGUAUCGGUGCCGAACAUGUGAACAUGACCCAACAUGUGCAAUUUGCGUUCCUUGUUUUCAGAAUGGCAAUCACAAGGAUCAUGAUUAUUCUAUUAUAUACACAGGCGGAGGUUGUUGUGAUUGUGGGGAUCUGACAGCAUGGAAACGAGAGGGCUUUUGCUCAAAGCAUAAAGGUGCUGAACAGAUACAACCCCUUCAAGAGGAGUUUGCAAGGUCUGUAGGGCCUGUACUCGAUGCUUUACUAGGGUGUUGGAAAAAUAAGCUAAUGUCUGCAGAAACUAUCUCCCAGAAAAAUCCAAAUGCAGCUGAUCGUGCUGUGUUGUGCAAGAAGAUUGCAAAUCAGCUAACGUUUGCAGUGGUUGAAAUGCUACUAGAGUUCUGCAAGUGCAGUGAGAGUUUGCUUAGUUUUGUUUCUAGGGAGGUGAUCUCUCUAGGAGGUUUAUUGGAGAUUCUCGUAAGGUCAGAGACGUUCUUAAGUGAGGGUGUUGUGAUGAAACUUCAUGAGCUCCUCCUGAAAUUGUUGGGAGAACCCAUUUUUAAGUAUGAGUUUGCCAAAGUAUUUUUGCAUUAUUAUCCAUUUGUUGUACAUGAAGCCAUGAAAGAAGGCGCUGAUGAUAUUCUCAAGAAAUACCCUUUGCUAUCCAUAUUCUCUGUGCAAAUUUUUACUGUGCCCACUCUAACUCCCCGACUUGUGAAGGAGAUGAACUUGUUGGGCUUGUUGUUGGGAUGCUUGGAAGAUAUAUUUAUCCAGUGUGCUGGAGAAGAUGGUCGUUUACAGUUUACCAAGUGGGAAAAUUUGUAUGAGAUCAGUAUGCGUGUAGUUGAAGAUGUUCGAUUUGUUAUGGGCCAUGGCGUUGUACCAAAAAAUGUAACUCAUCACCAAAAGGCUGUCUUGAGAACUUGGAUGAAACUUCUUUCUUUUCUGCAGGGGAUGGGACCCUUAAAGAGAGAAACUGGCCUCCAUGUAGAAGAAGAAAGUGAGAAUAUUAAUUUGCUUUUUGUUUUGUGUCAUUCUAUUGCUAACAUUCAUUCUCUUUUGGUGGAUGGAGCAUUUUCUAUGAGCAAAGAGGCAGAUGAUGAUACUUUUCCUAACAUGCAUAGAAAAGAUAUGGACGAGCAAGAUAGCAUAAGACACACAAAAAUUGGACGGCUGUCUCAGGGAAGCUCUGUAUGCAGUGUGACAGAGAGUACUGCAUUCAUUUCUGCAGAAAAGGUUCCUGAAGUUGAUUCAGAUUCCAGUGACCAUCAUUUACUUCCUUCAUCAGUGAGACGGUUAACGUAUGAGUGCUUGAGGACCAUUGAGAAUUGUUUGGGAGCUGAUAAUUUAUCUGAGGCCCAAAUCGUAGGAGAUACUAGCAGCAUUUGCAAUAGCAACUUUUUGGCAUUGAAGAAAACUUUGUUUAAGAUUAGAAAAGGCAAAUAUAUUUUUGGUGGUCGUGGCAGUUCAAGUGAAGAUGAAUCUUCUUCAGUUGCAUAUAGUGGCUACCAUUUGAAUGCCAAUGUAGAUAAUGCUAAAAAUGUAGGAAAGGACUGCAAAACAACUGUUCCUGGUGAGACUGACUGUGCAGAUUCCAGUGAGAAUUCGAUGGAAGGAGGCAAUUCUGCAGAAUUGGAUGUCCUCCGUUUUUUAAGCUUGUCUGAUUGGCCAGACAUAAUCUAUGAUGUUAGUUCACAAGAUGUAUCUGUUCACAUUCCUUUGCAUCGAUUACUUUCCGUGCUUCUACAAAAAGCGUUAAGAAGGUGUUAUGGUGAAUCUGUUGGUAUGAAUGUGAGCACUUCGACUUCAUUACCCAGAACCGAUGAUGACUUCUUUGGAUGUAUUCUUGAGGGUUGCCACCCUUAUGGGUUUUCUGCCUUUGUUAUGGAGCACCCUUUGCGGAGUAGGGUGUUUUGUGCCCAGGUUCAUGCUGGAAUGUGGAGGAAGAAUGGGGAUGCUGCCAUUUUAUGCUGUGAGUGGUACCGUUCAGUACGCUGGUCUGAACAGGGUUUAGAAUUUGAUCUAUUUCUUCUGCAGUGCUGUGCUGCUUUGGCUCCACCUGACUUAUAUGUCAGUAGAAUUCUAGAUCGUUUUGGACUGUCAGAUUAUCUUUCUCUGAAACCUGAGCAAUCUACAGAGUAUGAACCAGUGUUAAUGCAGGAAAUGCUCAUGCUUCUUACACAAAUUGUCCAGGAAAGGCGGUUUUCUGGGUUGACUCCUGCUGAAAAUUUGAAGAGAGAGUUGGUUCAUAAGUUAGCAAUUGGAGAUGCCACUCGUAGUCAAUUAGUUAAAUCCUUACCCCGUGAUCUCUCCAAGAUUGACCAACUUCAGGAAGUUUUGGACACAGUUGCUACAUAUUCUAAUCCAUCCGGCUUCAAUCAGGGGAUGUAUUCUUUGCGCUGGGCAUAUUGGAAAGAGCUAGAUCUGUACCACCCUCGUUGGAAUUCACGGGAUUUACAAGUGGCUGAAGAAAGAUAUUUGCGCUACUGUAGUGCUUCUGCAGGGACUAUUCAGCUGCCUAGGUGGACAAAUAUUUACCCUCCUCUUAAGGGUGUUGCUAGAAUAGCUACUUGUAAAGUGGCCAUUAAGAUGAUCCGUGCUGUAUUAUUUUUUGCUAUUUUCUCUAACAAACGUGCUCCUGACGGUGUUCUUCUAAUUGCACUGCACUUGCUCUCAUUAGCAUUGGACAUCUGUAAUCAGCAGAAAGAAAUGGAUAUGCCAUUUUACACUGAAAACUCUGCUUCCAUGUUUGCCUUUGUGGGUGAAGAAAUCCAAGAGGGAUUAAAUUACGGUGCUGGUGACCAGAGCUUGCUGUCACUUCUUGUCUUGCUUAUGAGGAUACACAAGAGGGAGAGUUCAGACAACCUCUUGGAAGCAGGCAGUUGCAACCUGUCUUCUUUGAUUGAAAGUUUGUUGAAGAGGUUUGCAGAGAUAGAUGCUGGAUGUAUGACCAAACUACAGCAACUUGCCCCUGAGGUGGUCAUUCAUUUAUCACAAUCAGUUCCGAAUGCUGAGACAAACACAUUGGCUUCAGCUUCUGAUAGUGAGAAACGCAAAGCCAAAGCUCGCGAGAGACAGGCUGCCAUAUUGGCAAAAAUGAAAGCUGAGCAGUCCAAAUUUUUGUCCAGUAUGAACUCAGCUGCUGAUGAUGGUUCAAAUUCUGUAGCAGAAGAAAUUGACUCAGAUGGGGAACAGAAUUUGGAAGAGCCGAUGCAAGAUGUUUGUUCUCUUUGCCAUGAUCCCAAUUCCAAAAAUCCUGUGUCCUUCUUAGUUCUGCUUCAGAAAUCAAGGCUUUUGAGCUUCAUUGACAAAGGGACUCCAUCAUGGGAUCGAGUUCAGCUGUCUGAGCAGGAGCAAACCUCGGUAGUUGCAAGGACAUUGACUGAUCAAUCCGGGAUAAGCUCUUCAAGUGGUUCAGGAAUGAUUUCAUCUACUCAAUUAACACAUUUCGUUCAGGAUGUAGUCAGCCGAUUUGCUGAUUAUGCUCAACCUGGGGAAGUAAAUGCUAUUAUUGAAUUCAUCAAGGCUCGGUUCCCUUUAUUAACGAGUUCUCAAGUAUCUUCUGCAUCCAAGGAUGGGAAAGAUCAGACAGUGAAUAAUUUUGAGAUGUUAGAACAAGACAUGUACUUCUCCAUGCGGAAAGAAAUGCAUGAUAAUAUGCUCGGUUUAAAUUCUAGAUUGCAGAAUGAAAAAUUUACAGCUGCUGAAGGUGGUCAACGUAGCAGUCCUGUUGAAUCUGUAUUGCUUGGAAAAUAUAUAGCUGCACUUUCUAGAGAGAUAACAGAGCACCCUUCUUCUUCUGAAAGUGCUUCUAAUGAUGAGCGACAGGCAGAAUUUUCUUCCCAGUCUUCCACUUAUGAUGGAUUUAGCCCUGCAGAUUGUGAUGGGGUUCAUCUAUCUUCCUGUGGACAUGCUGUGCACCAGGAGUGUCUUGAUCGUUAUUUGUCAUCAUUGAAGGAACGAUAUGUCAGAAGAAUUGUCUUCGAAGGAGGGCAUAUUGUUGACCCAGAUCAGGGGAAUUUCUCUGCCCUGUAUGUCGUCGAUUGGCAAAUUCUGUCUUGCCUUCGUUGCCUGGGGAUUUCCAAAAGAUAUCUUGAAAGCGAUUCCCUUGCAAAGGGGGAAAGAAUGUGGCCGAAUCUUGAUUCAGUUUCCCGUGUGCUCUUCAAGCUAUAUUUCCCAAACAGAUGGGAUAAGUUCUCAGGAUCUGCGAGGGUAAACCAUUCCAUGAUUAUGUGGGACACCCUUAAGUAUUCCCUUGUAUCUAUGGAGAUUGCGGCACGUUGUGGAAGAACACAUAUGACUCCAACAUAUAGCCUAAAUGCAUUGUACAAGGAACUCAAAUCAUCCAGUGGAUUUACACUAUCCUUGUUGCUCAAAAUUGUGCAAAGUUUGAGGAGUAAGAAUCCUCUUCAUGUGCUUCAGAGAUUUAGGGGUGUUCAGCUAAUUGCAGAGUCUUUUUGCUCUGGAGUUCCCAAUGAUUGUCCCAGUGAUACUUGUAGAAGUGGAGAAAAUAUGUCGUGCAUCUUAGCACACAUUGGGAAGGAAGCUUCAUACCCUGACAUUCAAUUUUGGAAUAGGGCAGCUGACCCUGUCCUCGCUCAUGAUGCUUUUUCAUCAUUGAUGUGGGCCCUGUUUUGUCUCCCACACCCAUUUUUGUCUUGUCAAGAGUCCUUAUUAUCCCUUGUGCAUAUUUUCUAUGGUGCCUCUGUUGCCCAGGCUAUAAUAAUCUAUUGUGGGAAACAUCAAUGCAAAAUUAGGGAAUCGAGUUUUGACGAUUCUUUGAUUACUGACAUCUUCAAAGUUUUGGGGGAAUCUGGAUGGGUCCAGCAUUAUUUUGUUUCCAACAACAUUGAUCCAUCUUCUGACAUCAUCAAUGUAAUUCGUAAAUUGAGUUUCCCUUACCUGAGGAGGUGUGCGUUGUUGUGGAAAUUGCUGAGUACCUCAGUCUCAGCACCAUUCUGUGAUAGGGAUGUGUUGAAUAGAUCAUCUAAUGCUGUCAAUUACAUGAUGGAAAACAUGGAUGGAGAUCAAGACGAGCUCAAUGAAGUUCAAGAGCUGGAAAAGAUGUUCAAAAUUCCUCCAUUAUUUGUUGUUCUCAAGGAUCAUACUCUACGAUCUUUAGUUACAAAAUGGCUCCAUCAUUUUUGCAAGCACUAUGAAGUCUGUAAUUCUCGGCAUGUUCUACAUGUCACACCUGCAGUCCCAUUCAAAUUAAUGAAUCUGCCUUAUGUUUACCAGGAUCUACUGCAGAGGUACAUAAAACAGAAAUGUGUUGGCUGCAAGAAUGUGCUUGAUGAGCCUGCGCUUUGCCUCCUCUGUGGUAGAUUAUGCUCUCCCAAUUGGAAGUCAUGUUGCAGGGAAAGCGGAUGCCAGACUCAUGCAAUCAUCUGUGGUGCUGGUACUGGUGUAUUUUUGUUGGUCAAGAGAACUACAAUUGUGCUACAAAGAUGUGCACGGCAGGCGCCUUGGCCGUCUCCAUACCUGGAUGCAUAUGGUGAAGAGGUGAGUUGUUUAUUCUGCUCUUGUAAAAGGUGUUUCGAUGGUGGAUUGGUUGAUUCUGAUAUGCAUCGUGGUAAUUUUGGUUAA